AUGGAUAUGGCCGCCAACGAAAUCAUGGCCGCCAAUGAGAUUAUGGCGCCCAAUGUCAAUGCCAAUUGCCAAUAUUCGACACGAUACUGCUGGGAGGCAGAGAAGGUCAAAACAUUAAUCAGACUACGUGCGGAACUCUCACCCCUAUUCACAGGCAAGCGUAAUGCCUCCAAAUAUGCUUGGGCGGUCGUGGAGCGCAAACUCAAUGUCCCGCUGCCACUUUCGAAGAUCAUCAAAAAAUGGAAUAAUCUACUACAAGAAUACAAAGCCAUUAAAAUGUCCGAAGAGCCAAAGCGCCGCGAAUGGCCCUUCUUCACACUGAUGGAUGUCUAUUUCAGCGAUCAGGUCAACGAUCCAUCGUUACGUCUUUUUUCCUCUACCAAAACGCUCCGCGAGACAAUCGAUGACAGCGUCUUCGAAGAUGAUCCCAUUAUUGUAUCCGCCAUAGAGGCAGCUACUUCAGGCGCUUACAUGGACAUUGAUGAGCUCAUACGCCGCCAAAAAGAACGUGCCGAAAAGAAGUAUGCUUUGGCUGGCGGCGGCAUUGGCGAUUACAAAUACGACAUCAAACCGAUGUUGCAGAACAGUAAAUUUAACAGUAACGAUACAUUGAAGCUAUCGAAGAGCGUCGAUGACUUGAGCAUGCAACAGUACAAAAUAAAAGACGAACUCAUGCGGCAACACGAACAGGAGCAACAGGAGAAUAUACUCAAGAUCAAGCAGCACGCACGUCAACAGCAGCAGCAGGCUCAACAACAGGCGCAGCGUGAGCGGGAGCGUGAACGCCAGCGUGAACAACAAGCUGUGCAACAACAACGUUUCUUACAUGCCGCAGCUGGACAACAACAAUUGCCGCCACCACCGUCGCCGCAUGCAGUGCAUCGCCUGCCACAGCAACCGACACCACCACCGGGGCUGCAACAUGCCUUGCAGCAGCAACAUCAACAUUUGUUGCAUCAACACCAACAGCAGCAGCAGCACCAUCUUCUCCAACAACAUCAACAGCAGCGUCAACAGCAAUUACAACAGCAACAACAACAACAACAGCAGCAGCAGCAGCAACAAUCACAGUCGCAACCGCAGCAAUUGUCACCGUCGAUUGUACUGCCUCCGCCGCCCACACCACCCACCACAGCCCAACAGAUACACAUACAGACGGCCCAACACCAGGCCACUCAACAGCAAUUGCACUUGCAACAGCAACAACAGCAACAGCAACACAAUACGCAGCAUCCACAGCAGCAACAACAAGGGUACACCGAUCCCAACACGAUCGACCAGUACCUCCUGUCGUGGAAUAACUUCCAUGGCAAUAUGUGUCGUGGCUUCCACACCCUGCAAAAGGACGAGAAGAUGGUGGACGUAACGAUCGCCGCGGGCGGAAAAAUAUUCAAAGCACACAAACUCGUACUAUCCGUUUGCAGUCCAUACUUUCAACAAAUAUUCCUUGAGAACCCCUCCAGUCACCCUAUACUUUUAAUGGCUGAUGUAGAAGCUCCUCAUAUGGCUGGUUUACUGGAUUUUAUGUACAGUGGACAGGUUAAUGUAAAAUACGAAGACCUACCUGUUUUCCUAAAAGUAGCUGAAGCAAUGAAGAUCAAAGGACUGCACACCGAGAAAAACAUGAACGAUGAUAAGGAAAAUGGCUCUUCACAAGAUGGCGACUCUUUGGCAACACCAACCGGUUCUGGCACUCAAUGUCACUUUGACCGUGCCACACACAGCGUUAACAUAACCGGUCACCCAUAUGGACAAUCACCAAUACACCCGCAACAGCCACCCCAACAGCCAUCUGCACCACCGCCACCACAGUCAACCGCUCAGGCGGCGCUUGAACAUGGCAUGAACGGCACCGGCGGACCACUUUCGCCAUCGCCAGGCUUUGCCAGCUUCCGUGAUCACAUCAAAUCUAAAGCCAGCUUCGCGGAAACUUUUAUGAAGAAUCUAAGUCGCAAUAACAACAAUAACAGCAGCAUUAAUAAUUACAAUAAUUUGAGCAACUCGUUGCCGGAGUCGACCGCAGUAACACGGAAGUCGGAUAAUUUCUCCAUUAUACAAGCGAACAGCAAAAAGAUCUUAGACACAUCAAAGAAACCACAUAAAUAUCUCGCUAAACGGAAAAUAUUGAUGCAUUACAAUGAGGAGCUGAAUGAGAAGCGCAGGAAGGAGAUGGAUUGCUACAGCGUUGAGACAGAUGUGAACAGCAAUUUGGAUGUUACGCUAGUGGAAACAAACAAUACGACAUCGGAGACCUUAGGCUUAACACCAGCAAUAUCGGUCAGCGCUAUAAGUAACAGUAGCAGCAAUAACUACAAGAUACGACUUAUGGAAAAGCAUCAGAAUGAUACGGCUGCCCAAGCUGCCGCCGCCGCCGCCGUUGCCGCCAACACUGUCACAUCAAAACACAACAACAAUGACGACGCAAUCAAUAAUAACGAGUCUCAUACCACAAAGGAAACCACACCGCUGGAAGAGGAAGUCACAGAAGCAUUAAACCUCGUGCAAAAUUGUACCACAACCAGCAGCUCGUACGAUGGUUCGAAGGCCACAACCGACUCUGGCGAGAAAACAAGUUUCAAGGAAAAAACGACUUCUAACAGCACCAUUUCCCCGCUUGUGCCUUUAAUUAACAUCAAAGUGGAGCAGCCCGACUCGAGCUACAAUAUGGGAAAUAUGAGUAGUGGCCUAAGCAGUGGAGCUAGUAGCAGCGGCUGCAGCAUUGGUGGGCGCAGCAGUACGAGUACAUCAGAUGAGGAUGAGUUGGAGCGCGAGCGUGAACGAGAACUGGAACGUGUGUUAGAACGCGAGCGGGAGCACGAAAGUGAGCGCGAACGUGAACGUGAACGAGAGCGUACACUUGAUCGUGAACGUGAACAAGAGAGGGAACGCCAUCAAUAUCACGCUGAUUAUAAUAAGGAUGAAAUGGAGAAAGAUCCCAAUAAUAACAACAGCAAGGACACCGCAAACUUGAAUAAGAACGUUGCGCUCAUACACGCAAUUACACGCAAUUUAGAACAUCCUAAAAGCGACAACAACAAUAAUCACACAGAACUAGAUUUAAGUAAUACGCAUUUAGGCAGUUUGGGACUGGUAGCCGGCAUUACCGACAACGAGACUGUCAAGAAUAUAGCGACAGCUGAGAUCUUGUGCGGUCUGAAGAGCAAAGUCUUCAAAAUGGAGAAACUAGACGAGGAUCGUGAGCGAGAACGUGAGAAUUGUCGUAGCUUGAGUGAAAUAAAAAAUGCGGGUGAUUGA